ACACGCCCGAGAUCGUAAAAUAUGCUCUGCGUAGCUCUAGAGAAAACCAUGUACGGAGCAGUUACGGUAGUGGGAGCUAAGAGGGGAAACUCUUGGGAUUGGCGGUGAGGCGUUCCCUCUCAUGGCUCGGAAGUCUGGUUCGGUCUGCUCUUACUUCCUACAGGGCAACUGCCGUUACGGUGACAGAUGCUGGCACGAGCAUCCGCGCGGUGGAAAGUCCACCCAGGCCUUUGGUCAGAACUCAGGCUCUAGCAGAAGAGGUGCAUGGAGUGGACAGCGCCAGCAUUCCAGUAGUGUACAGACAUCCAGUUUUUCAAAAUCUUCUAACCGGCAAAGCAACAAAGAUCCCAGAUUCUUGAAUUUUUCUCAGAAUAGGUUUGCUGCAUUAGAUUCAAGUGAAAAUGUGAAUAAUGAUAUUAAAAAUGAAGAAGAAAAGCUUCUUGAAAUAAUAAUGAAAGACAUGGAGAUUUGGGAAUCUUCAGGACAAUGGAUGUUUUCCACCUAUUCACCAAUGAAAGAAAAACCUAUUUCAGGUUUCCAUGACUUUCUACCAGAAGAGUUGCGCCUUGAAUAUUACAAUUGUAGAGCAAACAACAACAUACAGAAUUAUAUCAAUUCAGUCCAGCAAUUAGUUACUCAGUGGAGAAGUAGAUUGCUUGAACUGAAGAAUCUAACUGCCUCUACUAAAACUGCACUGAUAACUGAAUUGAAGAAUUUGGCUAGUCACCAAUCGCCGCCAUUUGGGUUUGGAGGACAGCAGACAUCUUCUCGAACAUCAAACUUUCCUGUGGAUAAACAGAAUAAUGUUCAAGCUUUUUCUUUCAAAUCUCCUUCUGAACAUGCCACUGUCUCACCUAGAAGCACACCUAUAUUUGGCAGACUUACUAAUGUCCAAGGUGCCAUAUUUUCUUCGGCUGCUCCCCAUACAGUUGGCUUUAGUAAUCCGCCAGUUUCAUUAGGAGAUUCCUUUUCAUUUAAAAUGGCUACAACUUCAGAUGGAAUUGGAACACCUGGAUUUUCUGGAUUUGGAAAACCUUUUUCUGCAAAUUCUUCACCAGACAUCACAUCUGCUACAGUGUUUGGAAAAGCAGUUGCUCCUCCGGAUUUUGAUUCUGCAAAUAUGCCCUUUGGAGAAUCAGCAAAUUCUCUUGCAAGUAAUGGUGUAAUGAUAUCCCCAGUAAUCCCAACCAGCAGUACUUCAGAAGUAUUAUUUACCCCAAAGACAGAGCUAUCUGCAGAAGAACUGAACCAGUUUGAAGCUAAAAAAUUUACCUUAGGAAAAAUUCCUUUAAAGCCACCGCCUGUGGAACUUCUUAGUAUGUAAUACAUUCCACAGUUGCUCUACUUCUUUUUCUAAGUGUGUUAACAGAUGUACUUGGACUAAAUCCUUGGACUAAGUUUCAUUUUCCUUAUGGGUCACCAACAUUGCUCCAGAAUUGUUUAAUUCAUUUCUACAAAUGAAUAUUCUUGAUUUAUUGACCCUAAAUGGAAAUUUUUAAGUUGUAAAUGUUCCACAGCAAAAGACAAGAUUUAAAUAAAUGUUCAAAAUAAUA